UAUAUCAUUUAUGUAAUGACCAGAAGAUAUCUGUGUAAGGUAGAUCUGUGCUUUACAGACUUCUAAUCUAAGGGCUAGAUUACAUAAUUAUUCACUUGAGUGACCAGUAUGAUUACUUGUAUGUAGAUGACUCAUGUGAGUUAUGGUUGCAGAAUCUGGAGGGAGAUGAUUAAUCGUACACCAUGAUACUUUCCCUUUUCUUCUUACCCCUUUUCCUCACCUGUUUGCUUUCUGUGUAUUUAAUCCUUGCCUCUUUUCUCUGUGUGUCUUUACCGUGGAGCUUUAAGUGAAUUAUACUGUCAGGUUCGAUUGCUGAUAUUUGGACUUGCAGAGGAACCAAUGUCAGAACCUUUAAUACAAUAGUGAAAUCCUCUAUCAAAUACAGCUCUUUACUGUGUGGUUAUAAAAGAACUAUCAGUACCUGUGAAUGGUAACUAUAUUCUAAUCAUUCUUGGUGGUGAUAUUUGUGUAGGUUGUGGAGAGCACCUUGUAAGGACCAUACUGGCCAGAGAAUGUUCACGUGCUUUGCAAACAGAAGAUGCCCACCAGGCUCUGCUAGAGACUAUGCAAAACAAGUUUAUUAGUUCACCUUUCCUAGCCAAUGAAGAUGGUGUACUCGGUGGAGUGAUAGUUCUUCGAUCUUGCAGGUGUUCUGCAGAGCCUGACUCUCUACAAGAAAAGCAGACUUUACUAGAGACCAAAAUGUGUAUGAUGGUUUGGAACAUGGACUUGAAAUUUGGCAGGGUCACCAGACUCCUAGGGUCAGAAAUUCCUUUUGCUGCCCCCAUGAAAAUCCAUCCAGAUAAGCCACAGCACUGACAUUUGCAUGUGCACAGUAGGAUUUGACAUGUUUGCUCCUGAAAUGCUUAAUUAUUCAGUCUACACUGUGGACUUCAGCCCCCUGCUUUGCCUCCAAACAGAUGUCACACAGACAAAAUGAGUCAUUCUCUUCUUCCUGCUACUACUGUAUUUCUCCCAUCAAAAUACUCUUUGCACUAAGAAAAUUUGCACUGGUCUGGGAACCAGAAGAGCAUAUGUUUGUCUUGCCUCUUCUGCUGAUUGGUAAUAAAAUUUGUGCACAUUGCAACCCUUGCAGCUUCAUUGCUACUCUGGAAGGGAGACACGUUCCACCAUUUUACAGAAUGAUUAAUGGUCACUUGUGGCAGAUGUGGGAAUAGAACCCAGAGACCAAAUCUCCCACUCCUGUUCCAGCCCCUUUGUGCUGCCUGUGCAUUGCAAAAGGGGUGGAAUCUGGUUACAGCUACCAAGUUGAUAAUUCCUUCAUCAGAAGGUAACUUUGUGUUAGUGAUCCUGGCUUCUACACCAGCACUUUCCCUCUGCACCCCGGUGUAGAAGCCAUGAAAGGGGAAAUGGGAGAAGGCGGGGCAGCAGAUUUCUGCUCAUUCUGUGCCAAUAAACAGUUAGUGUACGGUCCCUUAGCUAUCAUAGCUAGUUGUCCAUAAUUUAGAGCUGCAUGCGGGUUAAUAUAACUUUAUGUUGGAGCUGGAGCAGCUUGAGAAUCAGAGCGAUAACCAGUCACACAUUACCUCUUAGAAAGAACCUGACAAAUAUAUAUCUAGGUAUAUUGUCUGUAAAAAGAGCAAUUCCUACAUAACGGUUUCAUUAUUGUUCCUUUUUAGUGGCUGGCCCAAAGAUAACUCUUAGGGUAUGUCUACACUACGAAAUUAGGUCGAAUUUAUAGAAGCCGGUUUUAUAGAUAUCGGUUUUAUACAGUCGACUGUGUGUGUCCCCACAUA